AUAUCUCGGAUCAGAACGAAUAUGUUAUUGAUAUUGAACAAACAAAACGGGACCAGCUGAAUAAAAUAAAAGUCAGAGAUUUGUUCCGAAGCAAACACUCAACAAUUCCAAAAAAAUUUCGUGGAAAAGCGGCUUAUUAUCUUUACAUCUUUCAUGCUAUCGAAUACAUAUUCAUCUCUUUAUACAUAGACUGGACCGUGAUCCUUAGACAUCCCAUCAACUUUCUUAAAAUAAUAACUUUUUUAACAAUAUCGGCUGUUUUCUUGUUUAUAUAUGGCUUGAUUCCGUCGCUUAGGGAAAAAGAAAUUAAAGAUAUUAUGAAAAAAUGGACCAUUGAAUUAUCAAAUCAAAAAAUAGCAGCCGAAGACAAUAAUUUAAGAAACGAGAUUAAGUCUGGGAUAAUAGUAUUGGGCCAAUCAGAGAUUGACAAAAAUGAUGAUGAUGACGUCAGAAAGCUUAGAAAACUCAAGGCACUUCUUUUUUUAUCCUCUUUAGUGUAUGUACGCAAUGGGCAAGACAUAUCAAAGAUUCACGAUUGUGUUCAUGAAAUAAAAAAAAACUAUAAAGAAACAAGCUCAUUGAAUAAGAGGAAGAAGAUCCUCGAACAUGCACUAGAUAAACUAAACGAAAUAAUAAGGGAAGCAAAUGGUGAUGGUGAAAGGGCUACUGAGAUCGGAUUUGAAGAAGUGGAAAGAUUAAUUUCUAUAAUAAUAAACAGAAACGAUGAAUUUAUAAAAAAUCAAGUAAAAAAUUUAGAAUUAGGUGAUCUUGAAUUUACUUCUGUCUCAGAGUUGAAUACUGAUGAUGGAGGCUCAUUUUGCGGAAUAUUUUGGUCUAAAGAGAAAAAUUUUAUCGUGGUGGUUUUCAAAGGAACCACCCCAUCAAACAUUGGUGAAUGGAUGAAAAAUCUUAUGUUUCAAUGUGUCGAUGCAAGAGUUCAUCUUUUAGGACAGGUUCAUAGAGGAUUCUACGAAUACCUGUUUGCAGAAAGUGAGGCCGAUCGAGAUUUUCC